GAGCGAAUCCAAAGGCCGUGGUUACAACUUUGUGGAGGUGGUGCGAUGGUGGGCAAAGCGCGCUGAUUUGGUCCUGCUGCUCUUCGAUCCAGACAAGCCAGGGACCACUGGAGAGACCUUAGACGUGCUGACGAAGUCGCUGUCGGGUCUGAACCACAAGUUUCUCGUGAUCCUGAACAAGGUUGACAAACUGGACAACAGCGUGGACUUCGCCCGUGCAUAUGGUGCCCUAGGAUGGGCACUAUCCAAGGUUAUCAAGCGUAAGGACAUUCCGGCGAUCUAUACAAUGUUCAAUGAGGGAAUGGAGUCAUCAGGACGUGAAGGCCUGCCCUUGGAGCGCUUUGUGAAGAAACGCGAGGAGGUCAUUCUGGAGGUGCUCAGAGUUCGAGAGAGGCACAAUGAUAAUAUCAUCACUUCCCUUGAGGAGACCAUGCGCCAGAUGCAGAUGCUGGUUGGAGUGGUUCAUCGGCUGCGGCACAAAGCCAGUGACCGCUAUUGGAGGCUCAAGGUGUGGGCCAUUUUCAGUGCGCUGAUGCCUGUCCUUGGCAUUUACAAAAUCAUGCAUGUGGCAGCCGCGAGCAUGCGAAUGGCCGCUGAGAUGGCCGCUGCAGAUCUAGCAGCGUCAAGAGCAGAAGAGCUUCCAAGCCGGCGGCAUUGGGGGUUUCUGCGACGAGCAGAACCCACUCCAACAGCUCCACCAGAGCCUGUAGGCAGCGACGCCCUGUUCUACCCAUUCGGCACAUGGGUCUACGUGACCGUGCUUCUUGUGUAUUUACUUUUUCUCGCUGGCGUGCUGAAGAUGCUGUGGGACAGCUUCACUCAGUAUCAGAAAGAGCUCUAUGUAACCCUGGAGGCGACAUUUGAUGAGGUCUUCUAUGACAAGUUCAUACAUGAUGAGGGCGAGGACCUUCGCUCCAGAUGGAACGUUGUGCGGCCAAAGGUGCAGUCUAUCCUGCAGGCGAGAAGCUUCUACCCUCUCCUUCCCUUCGUAGCUGGCUGGGAGAUGCAGAGGAUAUCUGAAGCACUGCAGACGGACGUCUGGUACCUGCGCCAACUGGCCCGCCAGUUGCGGCAGCCUCCCAGCCCUUCGACUCCCACGCGUGGAAACUCACAGCAGGGGCGUGGCACUGACUGCACCAAUUUGUCAGAGGUCUCCUUUGCCAUCGUUUGCACACCGAGGCCAUUUCUAUGA